AUUUUCCUUUCCCAACUUGCGCACCUAGACUUGGUCGAAAUAACCCCCCAACACCAUGAACAUCCAAGUUGUGCGCUUCGAAGAAGUCCGUGGCAACGGCAGCAAGUUUGUGGGCUACGUGACGAGCGUCGAGCACGUUGCCAGUGGAUCCAAGUGGGAACUUCCCAUUCGAUAUUCCGUCUACAACAGCUUCUACAUCAAGGUAGCGGUGACCAAUGAUACCUGCCGCGCUGACGAGUUGCGUGGUCGUUUGUCUUUUGCAGCUGAUCAAGACGGACCCGUUGGUCGCGUGGUUCCCGUUUCCGAAGAAAUCAUUAUUUGCCCCACCAAAUGCCACGCGGCUUGACCUUCUCAACAAAUUCGUCGCCAAGCUGAGUUCGACAACGCUGUCGCCCGAGGGUCAGAAACUCCUGGACACGCUCGUGGACGUCCCAAACUAUGUGAAAGACCCUGUCAAGGCCGCGCCCCAGCCGGAAGCACCUGCUGCCACUAAACAUGAACAAACUGAACCGUCUCCAACGGAGAUCGCGACAGACCACGAACCGAAAGCAACUAUUGUGGAAAUACCAGUCGUCGAGACCCCCAUGGAGAAAGCGCAGAACUUAGAGACUGUGGCAGAUGAAGCUCCAGUGGAGGCCCCUGUGGUGGAACCCGAAACCAAGGUCGCAGCCAAGGAGCCACUUGUCGUGGAAAUGCCUGUCGUCGAACCAACUAUUGUGGAGAUGACUAAAGCCGCGGUGGUGGAUGCUAAAGCGGCUAUCGUUGAUGAGAUUGUUCUCGAGGAACGUGUACACGCCCCAGUGGCCGCGAAAAAAAAACCUGCGAUUGAAUCUGACGUAGUCAAUGCCCCGGUUGAAAAAGAAGUUGUCGAAGUCCCUGCUCCGGCCACCUCUGAAGCUGUACACAUUCCUGCGGUUAAAGAAGUCGUGGUCGAGCAAUGUGAAGUAGUCGACACGCCAGCAACAGCCGAAGUAGCGCUCGAAGUCGAGGCGAUCGCUGCAUCGGCAAUCGACGAGACCACAGUGGCCGACAUACCUGUUGCUGACCAUGCUCAUCCCGUUGAAAUCGUCGACGACGUCGUACAAGUGGAAGAAGUAAAAGCUGUACUUGCCACGGACGCCGUCCAAGCCGCGGUAGAACCUGACACUUCGAUGGAUAAAGCCGCCCCGAAAGACGAAUCUCCGGCGUCUGCUGCGCCAGUGGUAACAGGGAAUAUCGCUGUCGUGCCCGUGAACGUGUAUCCCAUCGGUGCGUCGCCUCCUUUGGCGACGGUAGUCCGUGAAGCAGCGGCGCUUGUUCAAGAUUCUGUCAAGCAACGACCGAAUCUCCUUAGCAUCGACAGCGACGACGUGUACACUUCAUCGAACGAAGGAGUGCCCCGGUCGGUAAACGACAGCUCGAGCAGCGUCGAAUUCUCCACAACAGACGACGAAAAGUACUCCACGUCGACUCUGACCGAAGACCAGCGCAAGAAGCGCAACAAAAAGCGCGCAAUCAAGCGCCGCAAUCGAAAAGCUGCCGCACAUGCCAAGCAGGCUGAAUCAGUCGGGGCCACGUUAUCGCAAUAAAGGAUUUUCCUAG